CAGUGCAGCGCAGGCGCAUCGUGAAGCCGCACGCAAUCUACGCCUUUGCCUAAAGUCUUUAAAAAAAAUCCGCGCCACCAAAAAGGCGCGAUUCGAAAGUUUUCAUUUGUUUUUUUUUUCUUUUUGUCCUAAAUGGUCAGGUGAAUUGUGACAUUGGCCAGGUGUGUGAUAUUGAAACUGAAGUGAAAAUGGCGCAGAAUUUAAUUAUUUAUUUGGGGGUUCUCUCGCUGCUGCUAUCAGCGGUGCUGCCGGAGCCGACCACAGCGCCGGCGCCGGCGCCGGUGCCGGCCGACGAGCCGGCGCCGCGAGCGGAAGACCCGGCGCCGGAGGAGGAGGACGCGCCCGAAGGCUACUACGCGUUCGUGGAGUCGCCCAACGCCACGCCGCCUAGAGUGCGUCCGCCGCCCUACCGCAAGGUUGACGUGGAGUGCCCGGAGGCAGGCGACGCCAAGCCGCACGUCACCGCGCACAACCUCUGCGGAGACCUCAACCGAGGCGAUAUCCCGCGCAACCCCAUGGGGCAGAGUCCUGACGGGGAGCCCUACCCCUUCGAACUGAUCCGAAACCACACGCUGCGCUUCCUAUCGCGCGCGCUGCCCGCUCUACGCAACGACGACUCGCUGCCGCGCGUCGCGCACCUGCCGCACGCGUCCGACGCGCCCGCGCCGCAGCAGCCGUUCGAUGUCCAGAACAACAGGUGA